AUGUCCCAAUACGACUCCAUCGGCGCCUCCUAUAAUGUCCUUGAGCAACUUGCCUACAGAGCUGUGGAGAAGUACAACGUGUACACAACUAUUAAGCCACUACUCAGACCGGGGGUGCAUGUUCUAGAUCUUGCCUGCGGUACCGGCUUCUACUCAUCACAUCUUCUUGCAUGGGGCGCUGAAGACGUCCUCGGCGUGGAUAUAUCAUCUGCAAUGCUUGAGAGUGCCGUAUCUCGAUUAUCAUCAGAGAUUUCUGCGGGAAAGGCACAAUUCGUGUUGGGGGAUGGUGUCAUUCCACAGUCGUUCGCCCCAGACAACAGUCGAGGAUUUUUCGGCAUGGUCUUUGGUGCGUGGUUUCUCAAUUAUGCGUCGAGCAAAGACCAAUUGGUUGCCAUGUUCACAAAUAUCUCCCUCAACCUCACAGUGGAUGGCGUUUUUGUGGGAGUUGUCCCUUAUCCAACAAAUGAUAUCCAGGAACGGGCCAAAAACUCUGAGCAAAUCUCACUACGGCAGUAUUUCCCACGCAACGAACUGGUUAUCAUGUUGCGGUUGUAA